GGGAGAGACGUGCUGCUUCAUACUCUCUCACAUAUAACCCCCUCCCUCUCACCCUCACCACCUAAACACCGUGUCUUUUCCUUGGUGUUUCAGAUCCCCAAAGUGGAGCCUCCCUGCCGGUGCGGAUUCCUGUAGGACGGACCCCCCGGAGACAGUACAUGUUACUGUAACGACUCGGCGAGAUCAUGGACCCGACCUCUAUGCAGCAGACAGUGAUGGAGUCCCCCGAGGCCACCCCCGCCCCCCAGGAGGUUGACCUCGGCUCCCCCCACCUCCCCGCAGAACCCCCAACCUCCCCCAAAGCUGACCAGGCCUACGAACCACUCAGCUAUGAUGAGCUCUUCCCAGCACUCCCCAAUGCUGAGAUGGCCGCACCUCCAAUGGUUGACGCCCCAAGAGACAACUGGAACCAACUCAGUGAAAUGCGGAUUCCGUCCUCGGUGAUUACCCAAGUGUUCCGCGUGCCGUAUGAGGAGAGGGCAAAGAUUGACGGCAACAACCAGUUCGGGGAGUCGGCAUCAUCCCGCAUCUGUGCUGAGAUCAACAGGCACACUGGAGCCCACAUUGAGAUCUCCUCUGCCAAGGACCAGUCGCUGACCUUCCUCGUCACUGGAAAGAAUGACGCCGUGGCUCGCGCUCGCCGCCUCAUCCUGGAGAGGUUCCAGAUGCAGGCCCGAGUCACCAUCAAGAUUCCCAAGGACCACCACCGCUUCAUCCUGGGCAAGAAGGGCAAGCGUCUGCAGGAGCUGGAGCAGAACACGGCCACCAAGAUCCAGGUGCCGACCCCAAAGGAUGCCUCUGAGGACAUUGUGGUGAUGGGAACCCGUGAUGCCAUUGAGAAGGCCUUGCAUGAGAUCCAGCAGACCUCUGACGAACAGAGCAAGCAAGCAUAUGAGAAACUGGAGAUCCCCAAGCACUUCCAUCCGUUCAUCUGUGGCGCCAACAACGAGAGGAUCCAGGGCAUGAUGGCAGAGCAUGGAGUCCGCAUCAACGUUCCUCCUCUCAGUGUCAUGAAGAAUGAGAUCACCAUUGCCGGAGAGAAGGAUGGAGUGAUGAAGUGCAAGGAGAUCAUUACCAAGAGACAUAAGGAAAUGGAACGCAAGUGCCAGACCGUCUCAGUGGAGGUGCGCAAGUCCCAGCACAAGUAUGUGAUUGGCCCUCGCCGCUCCAACAUUGCGGAGAUCCUUCAUGAUACAGGAGUAUCUGUGGAGAUGCCACCUUCUGAGACCACUACCGAGACCAUUACUCUCAGGGGACCACAGGACAAACUGGGCCAGGCCCUUACAAUGGUGUACGCCAAGGCCAACAGUGUGGUGCAACAGGAUGUGGAAGCCCCAACCUGGCUCCACAAAUUUAUCAUUGGACGUAAGGGAGCCAACAUUCGUCAGAUCACUCAGGAUCUGCCCAAGGUGCAUGUGGAGUUCACUGACAAGCAGGGUGGAAUCAAAUUGGAGGGUCCGCCUGAGGAAGUGGAGUUAGCAGCAGAGAAGCUUGAGAACAUGAUUUCAGAGAUGAAGAGUAAAUUGUGCUUUGAUGAGAUCUCUGUGGACCCUAAGUUCUACAAGCACAUCAUAGGCAAGAACGGAUCCAACAUCAACCGCAUCCGUAAUGACACAGGAGUGCUCAUCAACAUCUCUGAGGCUGAUGGCAGCAACCUGAUCCGCCUGGAGGGCAGCCCAGAGGGGGUCAGGCAGGCCAAGCAGGAACUGGAGGAGCUGGUGACCAAGAUGGAGAACGAGAAGGAGCGUGACAUCCACAUUGACCAGCGCUUCCAUCGUACCAUCAUCGGCACCAAGGGAGACAAAAUCAAGGAAAUCAGGGACAGAUUCAACCAAGUGCAAAUCUCAUUCCCGGAUCCUGGGGAGCAGUCGGAUUUGGUGAAGAUCCGCGGCCCCAAGGAUGACGUGGAUGGCUGCCACCAGUACCUGAAGAAGAUGGUGCGUGACCUGGCCGAGUCCAACCACCAAGUCAAGGUUUCCAUCUUCCGCCAGUUCCACAAAUUCAUUAUUGGCAAGGGUGGAGCAAAUAUCAACAAAAUCAGGGAGGAGACAGGGACACGCAUUGAUCUUCCCUCUGAGGGGCAGAACAGUGAUGAGAUCACCAUCACCGGCCGCAAGGAGAAUUGUGAGAAGGCCCAGGAACGCAUUCAGAAGAUACAGGAUGAGCUGGCCAGCAUUGUGGAGGUGGACAUCAUCAUUCCAGCCAAAUUCCACAACUCCAUGAUUGGUGCUGGAGGGAAGCUGAUUCAGAGUGUCAGUGAGGAGUGCGGUGGAGUGGCCAUUAAGUUCCCGCCACCCGGAAAAGGCUCUGAGAAAAGCUCUGACAAGGUGACCAUCCGUGGCCCCAAGGAGGACGUGCACAAAGCCAAACAGAUCCUGGUUGACCUCAGCAAUGAGAAGCAGCUAGCCAGUUACACUACUGAGGUGCGUGCCAAGCAGCAGCACCACCGCUUCCUGAUUGGACGUAAUGGUGCAAACAUCCGCAAAAUCCGUGAUGCCACUGGAGCACGGAUCAUCUUCCCCACAGACAAGGAUGAGGACAAGGAGCUCAUCACCAUCAUUGGAAAGAAGGAUGCCAUUGCCAAGGCCAAGGAGCAGCUAGAGGCCACCAUCAAGGAGCUGGACCAGGUGGUGGAGGAGACCAUGACAGUGGACCCUCGCCACCACCGACACUUUGUGGCGCGCCGAGGGGAGGUACUCAGGCAGAUUGGGGACCAGUAUGGUGGAGUCACUGUGUCCUUCCCCAGAUCGGGUGUGCAGAGUGAUAAGGUGACUCUGAAGGGGGCCAAGGAGUGUGUGGAGGGAGCCCGUGCCCGCAUCCAGGAAAUUGUGAGUGACCUGGAGGAGAUGGUGGAGCUGGAGGUGGUGAUCCCGCAGCGCUACCACCGCACUGUGAUGGGGUCACGGGGCAGCAAGGUGCAGGCCAUCACCAUGCGGCAUGAGGUGCAGAUCAAAUUCCCUGAGAAGGACAGUGGCAUGCACCUCACUAAUGGGGAAGAGGACAGCGCGCAGGUGAAUGGUGAAGCUGAACCAGAGACGCGGCCUCAGGACAUUGUGCGCAUCAUGGGCAAGAAGGAGAGGUGUGAGGCAGCUCGCGACGCCCUGCUGGAGCUGGUGCCAGUGACGGUGGAGGAGGUGGUGCCCAACCGCCACCACCGCUACAUCAUCGGCCAGAAGGGUGAAAAUGUACGCCAGAUGAUGACAGAACAUGAUGUCAACAUCCAGGUGCCACCCCUGCUGGAGUGCAGCGACAUCAUCCGCAUCACUGGCCCGCCCGCCAACACGGAGCGUGCAUGCCAGGCCCUGCGGGAGAAGGUGGCGCAGCUGGAGGAGGAGGAGGCUGACAGGGAGGCCCGCUCCUUCAAGCUGACAAUGGAGGUGGACCCAGAGUACCAUCCCAAGAUCAUCGGCAAGCGCGGUGCCGUCAUCACCAAGAUCAGGGAGAAGCACAACGUUAACAUUCAGUUCCCGCCCCGCGGUGCGGCCGAGGAGAGCGUUAUCACCAUCACCGGCUAUGAGCAGAAUGUGCAGGAGGCCAAGGCUGCCAUCCUGGCCAUCACUGGUGAGCUGGACAAGAUGGUGCGUGACACGGUGGAAAUAGACAGCCGCAUCCACUCUCGUCUCAUUGGCAGCCGGGGCCGUGCCAUCCGCAAGGUCAUGGAAGAGUACAAGGUUGAGAUCAAGUUCCCCCGUGAUAAUGACGAUCCCAACAUGGUGACCAUCAUGGGGGCUCCAGAGAAUGUGGAGGAGUGCAAAGACCACCUCCUCAACUUGUCGGAGGAGUAUAUGCAGGACAUCACUGAGCGAGAGGACAUGAAUAUGUACAUGUCCCAAAACGCCUCCUCCGGUGCAGGCCCUGCCCAGACUGGUGGCGGUCAGGCCACUGGGGACGCCCCACAGCAGGGAGCACUCAAGAAGGAGGGCGGCUUUGUGGUGUCAGGUGCCCCGUGGACCCAGGAAGCUCCCAACAUGGACUCCUCUGAGGACUUCCCUUCCAUGGGUGCUCCAUCAGUGGCCACCCACACUGGCCCCACCAUCUGGGGGCCCCGCCGCUAGGCUGUCGCCCCACCCCACCCUCACACUCCAGAUAACUUCCUCCUGAUAACGAAAGGAGUAAUAAUUCUUUUGAAGGAAACAAUAUCAGCAGCUCAUGUUAAAUCUAUGCAUUCAUAUAUAGUAUAUAUAUACAUAUAUUUUUUUCCCAUUUCCGAGAACUUCUAUUAUUUUCCUUUUGGAAGAUUACUUGGAGAACUCUUCCAGUCCUUAGUUAUUUUUUUUUAUUGUUUGUAAAGAAAUAAUCUCUACUCCAUUUUUCUUUGUUGAACUGUUAGCAGGUAAAGCAUUGUUAAAAAUUACAUGAAUAUUUUAGUUAAAAAGAAUAAUUUUUUUUAUAUAUAUAUAUACAUAGACAUAAUUGAAUUUGAAAAAUUUUUAUGUGUUAAAUUAAUGAAAAGUAGGAUUAGUGACUUGACAUUUUGUUUUCCAUUCAUAAGUAUGUAAGUGGUGUAGGGACAAGGAGUUUAGUCUCGCACACACACACACACACACACACACACACACACACACACACACACACACACACACACACACACACACACACACACACACCAAAUUGACGUACCAUUCAGUCAGACACACGUACAUACACACAUCUCUCUCUCUCUCUCUCUCUCUCUCUCUCUCUCUCUCUCUCUCUCUCUCUCUCUCUCUCUCUCUCUCUCCUCUCCUCUCCUCUCCUCUCCUCUCCUCUCCUCUCCUCUCCACACACACACACACACACACACACACACACACACACACACACACACACACACACACACACACACACACACACACACACACCACUAGGCACAUUGAUUGGGGGAUCAUGAUUGUCUAGUUUGGUACACAACAGUUGUUCUUUAACUUUUACCGAGUAACAAUAUAUUUUUUUCCUUCCCAAGCCAUACAUGACGCUGUGGGGUGUAGCCACUUUGGGGGUUAACAUUAGGUUGAUAAUACUGCAUUCAGCCCAUCAGUAAUCAAUGUUAAGGGGGUCAUCACACACGUACACACACACAUACACAUACACUGUACAUAAACACAUAGCCAAAUACCUCAGUCAUCACCAGGAGCAGGUAUGUGUCGGCUGUCACCACCACAACAUGGACCAUCACACUGCCACCACCACCAUCACCACCACAGCACCACCAUCACCACCACCCCAUUUUCCUCACUGUCUUGCUGCACGUUGACGACCUGGACUCCUGAACCUGGCUAACGCUAAUUGGAAACAUUCACCGCCAGUCUUCCCAAACACAGGCCCGUUGGUGGAAGAAAUUCUCUCCAUUACCUCAAUUCCUUACGUUUUCCAUCUCUCCCGUGUCCUCAUCCUCAUCUCCUCCUCCCUGUGUUCCUUUUCUCCUCUCGUCGACUUUUUUUGUAUGUGUGUUUGCGCUGGUCUGCUGGCUGCUGGAGUUGUUGCUCGUCUGAAUGUGUUGCUUGCAUUGAGGUGCAACGCAUUACCAGGGCAGACUCGGAGCCACGGUGCAAACUGUCAGGAAUUAUGUAAACUGAAGGCUCGUAAUAUGUUACUCGUCGCCAGCUGUCACUGAUAUUAGAGUGAUCCCUGUGCUUUGAAGUCUCUCUCUCUCUCUCUCUCUCUCUCUCUCUCUCUCUCUCUCUCUCUCUCUCUCUCUCUCUCUCUCUCAUCUCCUUUCUUCCACCUCCAGGAACUCCUCCCACCCAGGGGCCAUCAGGGGCUAUAUAAAUGAUUGUGAAAAAGAGAGAGAUGAAAAAAAAAUUGAAUAUUUGUUGUGAUUUUGUUACUUUGAAAGGUACCACAGUUGUUGCUAUACUAUAUAUUUUGUGUAUCUCAAGACAGAAGUGAGGUUAUUACUACAUGAUGUCUCUGUAGCACCAGGUCACUUUGGCCGUGUAAGUUAGUGCUGCUGUUUGUGGUUUUCACUUAAUAAACAUAUAUUGGUA